AUGGGGUUGUCUGUAAAUGGAGCCAUAGAACUUUGGAAUGGAUAUGAAGCUCAUGUGAUGAUUUUACUAAGCCUUUCAUACUUGGCAGUAGAUUUGGUGGCAACAGCUGCCCUGGGCAUCCUUUCCCAUGGCGUUGGAUCUGAUAAUAAAUCCAUAAAGGAAAUCCAAGCAUUUUGGGCACCAUUUCUUCUCUUACAUCUUGGUGGCCCAAAUACUAUCACAGCUUACUCUUUGGAAGAUAAUGAGUUGUGGUUAAGGCAUUUGCUUGGGCUUGUUUUCCAAUAUGGAGAGAGGACUCUAGUGCUGAGGUCUUCAAGUGCCGGACAACUUAUAGAUCUAAAUUCAUCAGCGAUUGUUGAUUCAGUACGUGAAUUCCCAAAGGCAAACCAUCUUGAUGAAGCUUAUUUUCUAUUCGAAAGAUUUAAGUAUCUUUUUGCAGGGUUUAUUCUUAACCUUGAUGAUGGAUACAAAUCAUUCCUCCUCAUUCGUACGAAGUCCACAAAAGAAGCAUUCAAAUUGUUAGAAAUUGAGCUUGGAUUCAUGUUCGAUGUGCUCUACUCCAAAGCCUCCAUUAUUUAUACUAGAUUCGGUAUGAUUCUUCAUUGCAUCUGCCUCUUUUCCCAUGUUUCCACAUUUGUUGUCUUCCAAACCAUGAUUCAUAAAUCUGUCUAUCCACCAAUUGACAUCUCUAUAACUUAUGCACUCAUAUUUGGGGCUAUCGCUCUAGAGUUCAAGAGAUGGUCAAUAUCCAUGCGUCAAUACAACCUAUUAAGUUUUUGCCUCAAAGACAUAUCAACCCCAUGUACUGGCUUUCAAAAGUUUAACUUCGUCAAAGAUGCGUUACAUAAGUACUGGUACUUGACGUGUGAAGAUGUGAAUGAUGAUUUGCAAGAAAUGAUCUUCGAGCCACUCCUUCGUUUUAGAUACAAAAUGGAAGGUGAUGAUGGGAUUGAUGUAAAGCACUGUAAAGAGAUUCUAGCUCAGAGAGGUGAUAAUUGUCCUGAAAAAUUUCGUUGGAGCAUAACUAAGGUAGAGUUUGACCACAACCUUCUUUUUUGGCAUAUUGCUACUGAUCUUUGUUAUCGUGUUGAUUUGGAUCAUAAACAUGAAGAUGCUAGUCAACUUCCUUUAGCUUGUAAAAUUUGUGAAUGUUUGUCAAAUUAUAUGUUAUACCUUUUAGUUGUAAAUCCAACCAUGUUGCCUAAAGGGAUUGGAGAUAUUAGACAAGAAAUUAAGGGAGAUAAUGAAAGUCAGUCGAUGCUUCAUGAUGGAUGUAGGCUUGCCAAGGAACUGCAAUCAUUGGAGUCUCCCAAUGAGUCACCAGAAUCUACCCAUAAUUGGAAUUUGGAUUCAAUUGCAGCAUCGACAAUGGCACUGGUCUGUUGUCUGGCUGCUUCUACUUCAAUCGAUCGCCUAGUCACUUGUAACUUCAUUUCUUACCGGCUUACUGUUCUUUAUUGA